AUGCCUUCCUCACUGCUCUCUCUUCGAAGCUUUCUUUCUGGCCGUUGUAUACCUUCCACUAGCCAACUUCGUCACAGCAAACCAGCUCAGAAACCCCGUUCGGAGGAAUCACUCAAAUUCACUCCAGCUCAGACCGAUUCUAUUUACGAUGCAUGGCUUGCCUCUCGCGCUGAUAUUGUGGUCUCAGCUCCACACUUCAGCGCUGGGGCUAACCGCCCAGUAACCAAGGCAAACCUCAAACUUGCACAUCGGAUCGUCAAACUUUGUGCUCCAGAGAUCUUAAAGUUAUUCUGGAAUCUCCAUCCUUACCGGACUCUUAUUAUGGUAUGCAUCAGCUUCGUGCGAGGCAUGUUGCCUAUUUUCAAGGGCUACUCCCAUGCCUUGAUAAUUAACGAGAUCCAGUCUCUCAUCACUUCGGGCCAUUUUACAUGGUCUCACUUACUUUGCCUGCUAGGCUCAGAAUUUUUACGGGUUGUCUGUGAACGGCUAUUGGAUUCCUUCGCGGCGGAUAACGAGCAUCUCGUACAGAGCUCGGCACGUUUUCUUGUUGAAUAUCAGCAGAUGGAACAACGCGUGCGCCUUGAUGUGCCCACGUUGUCAGAUCCGAUGGUUCGCGAUCUUCUGGCAGAGUCCGAUAUGUUCGUUUCAUCAUUCCAGGGCGUGGGCGGCUUUGGCUUGUUCUCUCCCAUCGACUUCAUCCGCAUCCUCACUCUCCUAUCCGAACUGGUAUCGCACAUCUUCAUCCUCUCAUCCCUAAAAUACAACUCGCUCUCCGCGUUAACACUGGUUCUAUCCGUUAUCUCUUCUGCAUACCCAUUCCUUCAAACUUAUUUUGCACCCCACCGAUACGGAUUCCAAAUAUCUGCCUAUGAGGAGGACGAUGCCCGUCAUGCGGAAAAGCAGGAGCAGAUGCGGCACCUGUCUAUGAGUGAGUCGCAUCGUCCCGAAGUGAUGUUAUUUGGGCUAGGCCCUUGGAUCCUAGCCACUUGGGCCUCUGCGCGCAAGGCUGGUUUGGGCAUGCAUCAGCCUCGCCGGGCGCGAUCAUACUCCAUCUCGUGGUUCAUAUCUCAUCUCAACAUCACGGAACUCAUCAUCGCACUACAAAACAUACCAUUUGUAUUGAUGCUUCAGACGUCCACCUCCCUCGGCUCCUUGGCUUUGUACCGCAGCUCCGUCCAAUCUAUAGUCUAUGCCGUCAGUAACCUAUUCAUCACGAUACAAAUGACGCUCCAAGGUAUUUUUUUGAUGGGCGCAUUCUGUGCCUCUAUGGAGGUUGAACCUCACCUGCGACCCAAGAAGGGGAAGACGGUCCGGUACGAAACAAAAGGCCGAGGCAUGAAAAUAGAGGCACGGAACUUGUCAUAUACCUACCCAGGCUGCACAGAGCCGGCCUUGCGAGACAUAAACUUCACGCUCGAGGUUGGAGAGACCUUGGCACUUGUAGGAUGUAAUGGCUCAGGAAAAUCAACACUAGGCAAGGUUUUAUUACGCAUAGUCGGGUUCGACUCGGGAGAGCUCCUCGUGAACGACGUCGAUGUGCGCCGAUAUGAUCCAACAGAUCUUCAUCGCGCUUCAAGUACCGUUUUCCAAGGAUUCUCAAAAUAUAACGGCUCGUUCACUGAGAAUGUCGGGAUCGGAUUUGUCGAAGACAUCGCAUCUCCGUCCGCACUCAAACACGCCAUCAAACUCGCAGAAAGUGAACACAUCGUAGACUCUCUCCCCCAAGGCAUCCAUACCCGUCUGGACGCGCUUGGUUAUGACUCUGCAAUCUACCCUCCGCUUGGGCAACACAAGGGGAUGAAUGCGGAAAGACCCACGUGGAUGCCUCAUGGACUGUCUGGCGGCGAGUGGCAACGCAUAGCACUCGCGCGCGCAUUUAUGCGCGCACACCGCCCUGAGGUUGACCUUCUAUUGUUUGACGAGCCGACUUCGUCGCUAGACGCACACGCUCAGAACAAGAUAUUCGACACGAUAAACUCGAUCUCGCGAUCAGCCAGCGGUGAGAAGACCAAGACGGUCGUCUUCGUCACCCACCGCCUUGCUACGGCACGUCGAGCGGACAAAAUUGCCAUGAUGGAUCAUGGGUCAAUUACUGAGUUUGGGACUCAUGAGGAGCUUCUAAAGCUUGGGGGUUCAUAUGCAUCAUUGUAUUAUGCUUCUGUCUGA